AUGAAACUUCUCGUACUGAGCCUUUGCCUAAUCGUGAGCUGCUGGGCAGCGCCUGUGGAACUGCAAGUUGAGCCACUCAGUCUGCUCGAUGUGGAUGGAGAUAUGCAGCUGGAGCCAUUGCAGCCGGAGAGUGAGCGUGUGGCACGUGGCCUGGGACUCGGUGGCUUCGGCGGAGGCCUCGGUGGCAAAUUCGGUGGCUUCGGCGGCUUAGGUGGCUUAGGUCACGGCUUUGGCGGCGGCUUUGGCGGUCAUGGCUUUGGCGGUGGCCUGGGGCAUGGCUUCGGCGGCGGUUUCGGCGGCUUCAAGGGACUCUUCAACAAACACUUCUAA